CGUGAGCAAACCCAGGUGCGGUUCUGGAAAGAAGCCACGUUGCUAUGGCAACCCGAAUCGCCAUUUUAGGUCUCGCGGCCUCCCGCCCUCGCGUCACUUCCGGUGUUACCUGUGUGGUUACCGGGAGCCGUAAACAGGUGUGCAAGCAUCUGGAGAGCAGUCGGGAUGCAGCAGAGCGGGGCGGCUGGAGGCCAUGGCUGCGCUCUGUGCCCACUGCUGGGCGUCCUGUUCUUCCAGGGUAUUUACAUCGUCCUUUCCCUGGAGAUUAAAGCGGAUGCCCAUGUCCGGGGGUAUGUUGGAGAAAACAUCAAGUUGAAAUGCACCUUCAAGUCGACUUCAUCUGUCACUGACAAACUCACCAUAGACUGGACAUAUCGACCUCCGAGCAGCAGUCGCACAGAAUCAAUUUUUCAUUAUCAGUCUUUCCAGUACCCAACCACAGCAGGCACAUUUCGGGAUCGAAUUUCCUGGGUUGGAGAUGUGUACAAAGGGGAUGCGUCCAUAAGCAUAAGCAACCCUACCAUAAAGGACAAUGGGACAUUCAGCUGUGCUGUGAAGAACCCCCCAGAUGUGCACCAUAACAUUCCAGUGACAGAGCUAACAGUCACAGAAAGGGGUUUUGGCACCAUGCUCUCCUCCGUGGCCCUACUUUCCAUUCUGGUCUUCAUUCCCUCAGCUGUGGUGGUGGUUCUGCUGCUGGUGAGAAUGGGGAGGAAGUCUGCGGGGCUGAAGAAGAGAAGCAGGUCUGGCUAUAAGAAGUCGUCUAUUGAGGUUUCAGAUGACACUGACCAGGAGGAGGAGAAUGACUGCAUGGCUAAGCUUUGUGUCCGCUGUGCAGAGUGCCUGGUUCAGGAAGGGGAUGGUAUAGAGCAGCCUCUGCUGACUCACAGGGAACAUCCUGAAAGAGGAGUGUCCUGUGCUGCUAACAUCACACUAGGAGACCUGGACUGGCUGGACCCAAAGCCCUGAAUUGAGCUUUUCUGCUGAACCUCCAUUUUUUCCAGGGAAUUAGAGUGAUACAACUUUUAAAUGACUUGAUUGUUUUGUCGAUAAGAAAUACCCAUGUUCCCUCUGCACCCCCAUAAGAUUAUGGGAGUAAAAUCUCUGAUGGGGAAAUAAGACAGGAGGGAAGAGGGCAGGGCACAGCCAUUCAGGGAAUGACAUAAAUUAACACUAAAACCGUGGAAGAUUCAAGUCCUACUAGGCCUUGAGGAUUGAGGUGGUGGGAGGUUUGACUUCUAGUAGACCUUGAGCUUCAUUGUAUGCUCAUUGUAACAUAUUAGCAUGAUAAAUAACAUGCCCACAGGCGCCAUGACAAUGCCAAGGCUAACCAUAGAAGGUCAAAGAGUGGGCAGUGAUCAAAUUCCUGGGAAUCCCAGUCCCUUCCCCAGGGUAGCUGGAAUAGUCCUCCCACUUGGAGGCAUGAAGCCCAUAAAAACUGGGGACAUCCCGCCUCGUGGCCACCUCUCUAGCUGCCUCUUCAGAGGUGGCCCGCACUUUUGUCUAUGGAGUGUGUACCUACUUUUACUUUAACCAGCACCCAACUCUCACACCUCGUGGCCUUUCUCUUGCCUUUUGAAACAGCCUACACUCUAUGCAGUAUGUAUCUCUCUAAAUAAAGCUCCCUUUACUCAAAAAAAAAAAAAAAAAAAAAGGAAAGAAAUACCCAUGUUGAUAGGCUUGAGUUUUGGUUUAGAUUUCUAGAGACUGUCAUCCCUCCCCGUCUGAGCGCUUGCUGUGACUGGCAGGCUUGUGUGGUUGUCCAAGAAUCCUGGGAGGAGGAGAGACUCUCUGAUGUGGUACAGUUGGAAAAGAGUCAAAAGCAACUUAUGAUCUGAUAUAAAGCAUACCUGUCAUUUCAGGGUUUAAACUUGAGCCUUCUUUGUGCUUACUGCCCAGCUUAGAUGACCUCAGCCCAGUUACUCAUUGCAGCAUUCUUUGUUUCUUUUUCUUUCCUGUACUUGAGUAUUAUAGAAAAGACAAGAGAAAGAUUGACAGUGCCAGUCGAUGGGGUCUAAUACCAACUCUUUGGGAUUUGAAUAUUUUGAUAACGUGAAAUGAGCUAAUGUUCAUAAUAUUAUUGUCUACAUUUCAGAUACUGAUUUAUUCAACAGUUAUUCUUUGAGCAUGCAUCUAACGUGCACCAGCUACAAUUUUAGGUACUUAGGAAACAGCAGUGGACAAAACUGACAAAAAUCCCUGCCCUCAAAGAAAUUACAUUCUUUCCAUGCCUGGAAAACUCUCAUCUUCCAACGCAUUUGAAAUGUCACCUUCUCUUAAAUUAGGGUUCGAACAAUAACUAAAUCUCUUUACAAUUAGUAAAAUAUAUAAUAUAUCAGCUAGUGCUUAAUACUAUAAAGAAACAAUAAAAUAGCAAAGAUAGAUGGAAUGGCUGGACAAGAGGGUAUGAUACUAAAUAGGGUGGUUGAGGACACCCUUACUGAAAUGAUAUUUGAGGAAACACCUACAUGUAGAAGCAAGCGAUAUGGCUCUCAUGGAGGAGCACACUGGGUGGAGGAGGUAGGUGAAAAGACUCUGAGGAGGGGCCAUGAUUGGCAUGUUCUAGGAACAGCACGGAAGCCAGUGUGGCAGGAAUGAAGUGAGCAAGGCAAAGAAUGGUAUUUCUUCUGAGAGACAAUGUCAUAUCUUAUAGAACAUUACAGUGAUUGUAAUGACCCAGAUUUUAUUCUUAAUGAAAUAGAAUCCACUGGUGGUUUUUGAGAAGAGAAUGCUAUGAACUGAUGUAUGUUUUAAAAGAAUCAUUCUAGCUUCUGUGUUGAGAAUAGGUGGUAAGGGACCAUGACCGAAACAGAGAGCCUGUAAAAGAGACUUUAGCAAUAAUGCAGAUGAGAGAAAAUGAUAUUGGUUUGAACCAGGCAGGUGGUGGAGGUGGUGGGAAGUGGUGGUUUUCUGUUUAUAAUUUGCAGAUAAAGUCAGAAGGACUUCCUGAUGGGUUGCAUGUCUAUGUGAAAGAAUGAGAGGAGUUAAGGAUAAUUUCAAGGUUCUUGACUUAAGCAACUGGAAUAGAGUUACCCUUUUCUAGUAUGUACAAAUCUGUGGGUGGAACAAAUUUGGGGGGAAAGAUCAGGAGCUGAGUUUGGAUAUAUUAAAUCUGAAAUAUUUAUUAAACUUCCUGUGGAGGCAGCAAUUGGUUAUGUGGAUGUGGAGUCAGAAGAGAGUUCUAGAAGGGAGAUACAAGUUUAGGAGUCAUUAGUAUAUAGAGGCUGGUAGAGAUAUUUCCACCAGAGGAAUGAGUGUAGGUAGAGAAGGACUCAAAGGACUGAGCCCUGGAGUGCCCCAAGGUUGGUAGAUGGGGUGAUGAAGUGGAAUUAGCAAAGGAGGCUGAGAAGGGGUGUUCAGUGAGGUGGGAGAAAACCAGGAGAGUUCCAUAACCGGGGAGACAAGUGAAGAAAGUUUUUAAAGGAAAAGUAAGUGCUUAAAUAUGUCAGUUUUUGAUGAAUCAGGUCAAGUAAGAUGAAAGCUAAGGAUUUAUUAUAAUAUUACUUUAUUUGGCGGAGUGGGGGAGGUAAUUAGAUUUUAAUUUAUUUUUAAAGGAGAUACUGGGGAUUGAACCCAGGACCUCGUGCAUGCUAAGCAUGGGCUCUACCACUUAAGCUAUACCCUCCCCCGUAGCUAAGGAUUGAUUAUUGGAUGAUCUGGUAAUGGGGAGGUCAUUGGUGGCCUUGACAAAAGCAGCUUCAGUGGAAUAGUGGGGCUGAAAGCCUGACUGAAGUAGGGUCAAGAAAGAACACAAAGAGAUAUAUUGGUGACAGUGGGUGUAAACGACACUUUCCAGGAGUUUUGCUGUGGAGGGAUGCAGAGAAAUAGGGCAAUAGGUGGAGGGAGGAGUGUGUCAAGCAUUCCUUUUCUUUUUAAGACGAGAGAAAUUAUAGUACAUUUGUUUGCUGAUGGCAAUGAUCCAGUAGAAAAGGAAAAAUUGAUGCUACAGGAGAGGGAGAGGAUUGCUGGAGUGAUGUCAGGAUCUAGUGCAUCAGUGGAGAUGUCGGCCUUAGAUAAAGGCAGUGAGAGUGUAUCCAUAAGAAGAGUGAGGAAGUCCAGGUAGAUGGGCCCGGAUGCAGAUGAGCAGGUGAGCAUCGUGGUGGGAGCGUGUGGAAGUUCCCUACUAACUUUUUCUCUGUUCCCAGUGAUGGGAGAAAGCAAGGUCAUCACUAAGAAUAACGUGAAGGAAGUGCUGGAGGUUUGGAGAAAGAGAGAAAGAUACGAAAAUAGUCCUCUAGGAGAAUAGGAGGAUGAAUGGGCUAGAGAAAUGUCAUAUGCCAGGUGGUACUAAUGGUCCAGUUGAGGUUAGGAGCAAUGAAUACAAGCUCAAAUAGUGAAAAGAAGGAUACAGACAAUAGUGACAGUAGGUAAUCUUGAAUGAUGGCUUACGAAGUGCCAGGCACACUGAUGGAAGCUGAGCUUUAGAGAAGUUAAGUAACUAUGUUCAAGGUCACAAAGCCAACAAGGAGUGGUGCUGGGAUUGGGACCCAGAGGUAGACUGACUCCUAGCCUAAAUUAGCUACAGUCCUGCACACUUUGCUGUGGGCACCUUUUCACGUGUGUUGACAUUCUAAAAAAUACUCACCAAGGAGAAGGGAACCCUUAGGGUUUCGAAGCAGAAAUUAGCCCAACAGACACCAAUUUUAUUGAGGUCUUGUGAUGCUUCAUGGGAAUUUAAGUGAGUGGAGUCAGUGCCAUUUCACUGUGAUGUCGCCCUAGCCGAGUUCCAUUUGGGGGAUCCUAACGUGUGGUCUCUGCCUAAAUUCUGACUGUGGCAUUAUACUUACUACAUAUACCACAACUACUGUUCUUCCC